AUAGUUAAUAACAGCCACAAAAUGAAGGCAAUAAUUUCUACAAUAGUGUUACUCAGCCUGUUUUACUAUUCGACCGGCCAAAAUAUAUACAUACCGGCCCAAAUAGUAAUACCAGCCCUGCAGGCACAUAAUGGAACUCACUACCGACCAGUGUAUAAUUGGACACAACCACAAUACAACAAUUCUCACAACUGGAAUACCAACCAAACGUCGAACGGAAGAAAUUAUUCUUACGGAUGGUAUCAACCUCCAUACAAUGGACCUAACUUUAAAAAUCAGUCGAACAACACCAAUUCAACUGCAGAUGGGCACUUGCUGGUAGGAGUCAUUGGUAUUUACGACAGACUUCUUUAUAAUCAGGUGUUCUAUAAACCGAGUAGAUGGUGGAGCAGCAGGGAGAAAAUAAUCGAAUACCCAAAAGACUUGCCCGACGGUUACACAAGGCAUGAAACCAUAACAGCCCUCAGAAUCUACAACAAAUUCGUUGAUGGAAACACGGCAAGAGCCUCCAUCGAAUCAGGCGGAAUUGGCAGGCAAUACAUCAAAAUCAAAUUAAAAUCCGACUUCCGAAAAGGAUUUAAAUUUUUAGUUCAAAUUUAUGGUCACUAAAUCACACGUUUAAUUUAGAUGUAUUUAGAAAUAAAUAAACGUUAGUAAAGCACAA